AUGGCCCUGCCAAAGAGAAUUAUCAAGGAGACGGAGCGGCUGAUGGCCGAGCCUGUACCCGGUAUCAGCGCCGUUCCUCACUCUGACAACCUUCGGUAUUUUGACGUCGAGAUCCAUGGCCCGUCCCAGUCUCCGUACGAGGGUGGCGUGUUCAAGCUGGAGCUGUUCCUGCCCGACGACUACCCGAUGACGCCGCCCAAGAUCCGCUUCCUGACCAAGCUGUACCAUCCCAACGUCGACAAGCUGGGCCGUAUCUGCCUGGACGUGUUGAAGAAUAACUGGUCUCCUGCUCUCCAAAUCCGCACCAUUCUGCUCUCGAUCCAGGCCCUGCUCGGCGCCCCGAACCCCGACGACCCGCUCGCGCCCGAUGUCGCCAAGGCAUGGAAGGAGGACGAGAAGGCCGCCGUAGAAACGGCACGGCUGUGGACGAAGCAGUAUGCGAUGCCCCAGGAGCAAUAG